AUGUUCAGUGUUAUAAUACAACGUCAUCAUAGACAUGUAGAUUUGAUAAAGAUCAUUUUAUAUAUUUAUUGGAUAUGUUCAAGUUAUAUAAAUUGUAUGAGAUAUAAUACAGUUUAUCAAAAUGAUGAUCUAUCAUCUGUUUAUAAAAUGCCUAAGAAACAUUCAAUGAAAUUGAAAGUUUUCAUUGAAUGUCGUCGUGACUGUUCAACUAAAUGUAAUCAUAGUCUAUUUGUUUAUCUGGCUAAUGAAAAUGAAUGUUACAGUUGUUUAAUUGAGUGUAUGUCUGCCUUUACACAACAGGCAGAGAAAGUUGGAAUCCAAAUAAAGGAUAUAAAGAAAUCAAACGAUCCUAAUUUAUUAUCUGAUAGUUUGUAUGCACCUGGAAAGAAAGUAAGACGUCGUCAUCUUCGUCAAGAUUUUAUCACACAAGAACAAUUUAGAAAAAGAUCAGAAUGA